AUGCAAGAUAGAAAUGAAAAGAACAGGAAAAAUAGUACUUCUACAAAAGGUUCUUUUAUAGAAAAUAUUAAUGAGGAAAAAAAAAAAAAAAAAAAGGGAAGAAAAGAUAGUCGAGAUGAUAUUACUGAGGAAAAACAAGGUCCCGUUAAAAGAACAAUCAAAAAUAAAUAUUGCAAAAAAGAUUGUACAGAAGAUGACGUAAUGAUAAUGGCUCCUAGUAGUCCUAUAACUACGCAUAACUAUAACAAUAACGAUGAGAAUGGCAAUGAUAAUAACAGUGACAAAAACAAUAACAACAACAGUAACAGUAACAGUACCAAUAAUGCUGGUAAAAAAAAAAGAAGUACUGAUGAAUUAAUCGGGAAGAAUGUACUCACAGAAGAUUUAAGUGUGAACAAAGGUGAUUCGAAAAAUGAAAUUAAAAAAAAAAAAGUUUAUAAAGAUAUGAAAUAUUAUAAAGAUAUAAAACAAAUGAAAGAAUACAUUAAUAUGAAAAAUACAAAUAGUAGAUUUACGAAUUUUAUGAGAUUUUAUGGUUAUUAUAGAGGAGCACAUAAUUCUAGUAAAUAUAAAACACUUAUUACUAAUCAAGAUGAUACCAAUAAUAAUAUUAAUAGUUAUGCACCAAAAGAAAACUCAAAAUCGAAAUUAGAAACAUUUAAAGUAAGAUUCAUUUGGUCAUGUGUUAUAUUAUUUUUUUGUUUUUUUAUAUUAGCCUUGGGACAUUUUUAUUUGUGUAUACUAGUUUUAUUAUCGGUUACUGUAGUAUAUAAUGAAAUUGUAUCUUUAAAAAGUAUAGAAAAUAAAGAUAAAAAAUUACCUCAAAUAUUUUAUAUAAGAUGGUAUUGGUUUAUCUUAACCAUAUUAGCAUGGGGAAUACCGUGGGCAUUACCAAGAUUAAAUCAUCAAUUUCGUUUGUUUAAAUAUUUGUUAAAAUAUCAUUCGAUAAAUAUGUUUAUAUUAGCAUUUUGGGGGUUUGUUUGGUUUAUAUUAUCCUUAAGAAAAUUUUCUAUGAGAUACCAGUUUUCUCAAAUAGGAAUUAUAUUAUUAACCUCCUUACUUGUUGUAACUCAAUCCUUAAUGCAUAUUGCAAAUAUUUAUUCUGGUUUAAUUUGGUUUUUUAUUCCUGUAUCCUCAGUUGUAGUAAAUGACACAUUUGCAUAUAUAUUUGGAAUUUUAUUUGGAAAAACUCAAUUAAUUGAAUUAUCCCCUAAGAAAACAGUUGAAGGUUUUGUAGGUUCGUCUAUUAUAACAAUUUUAUGGGGUGUAUUUGCAACCCGGUGUUUACAGCAUUAUAAAUAUUUUGCAUGCCCCCAAAAUAAUAUUUCUUUUAUCCCCUUUUACACAAUGUUUACAAGUGAUUGCGAAGAUAAUGCUAUUUUUCAUCAAAAGGUGUAUAUUUUACCGACCCAUUUGUCCAAUUACUUACCAGUUGAUAAAAUUUAUUACACCAAAAUGACUGUACAUGGAUUAGUUCUCAGUGCAUUUGCCGCUUUCUUAGCUCCCUUUGGUGGAUUUUUUGCUUCAGGAUUUAAAAGAGCAUUGAAAAUUAAAGAUUUUGGACAAACUAUUCCAGGGCAUGGGGGAUUUACAGACCGAUUAGAUUGUCAGAUUUUUAUUGGUAUGUUUACAUAUGUUUAUUUGAAAUCAUUUGCAAAAAUUAAAAGUAGAGUUCAUUAUUCGUAUGAUGUACUUAUAGAUUCAAUACAAAAACUAGAUCAUAAGGAAAUUAUGCGUCUUUUUAAUCAAUUAAAAAACAUGAUAGACAAGAAAAGGAGGAAAACAAUCAAUACGAAAAUAAAUCAAGAGAAGUUUGCUUCAAAAGAUCCAGUACGCAACGAUGACGAGAUAUUGAGUUAA